CGCUCGGGUUAUCAUUAAGUGAGAGCACGGACAGCUGGAUAUUUAUUUCAUAAGUUUGACAUUAUUUGCUGGGAUUAAUUAAAUGUAUGGGUAAGAUUAUGUAAACAAUGGAGAAUGUUUAACUCCAUUUUGACAGAAUGUUACAAUGAGAAGUAGGUUUCCUCUCACCUUAUGCUACUUCAAAAUCAGGGACUGGACAUAUUUUUAAAAAGGAUCUUUAUGCAUUAAGCACGUAUUGAUUACUCAAAUGGUCUAUUACAUCUGCAGCUGUGAAAGGGUUGUUCAUUGUAGAGAUUUUGGUUAAGUCUUCAAAGAUUUUUAGGCUAAAUUUAUCUGUAUUAUUACUUGAACUACUAAUCUCAAGUACAAGAAAAUUAUAUCACUAAAAUUGUGUUCUGCGUGUUAAUAUUUCAACAUUUUUUGUUUAUUUGCCUGAAGAAAAACCCAAUUGAUUUGAGUCUGCUACCUCCAGGGACGGUCAUCUUGGCAAAGAGCUUCACUUGUGUGAUUGGCCCCACAGGAGUGUGUGUGGCCUAAGGUGGAGCCGUCAGCAGAGCGAGUCCUUUUGCAGAGACGGAAUCAUGCAGGGAAACGCAUCUUCGCCUCUGAACUCAACCUCCCUCCCGACGCCACUCCCUCCCAACACCACCGCUGACAUCAACGCCACAGUGAAACCGUUCAGUGUGUUUGAAGGGUGCGAGCAUCAGGUUGAAGGCAUUCUCUUUGACCUGACCGUGCAGAGCAUCAACGUACUCGUGGGAAUCCCCGCCAACUUAGCGGCCCUCGUGAUCCUCAUCCGCAGCCGUAAGAACCCCUCAACUUCUGACAUCUUCUUGGGCUGCCUUGCUUUCAUGGAUUUCUACUUUGGUACCAUGACCCCCUUCAGCUUCCUAAACUUGUACUACUGGCACAGCAAAGCGGUGUGGUUCGCCCUUAAGUUCUCCUAUGGGGUGAAAGACACAAGUGGGCCACUGUUUCUGUCCUGCAUUUGCCUCGAUCGCUUUGUGGCUGUGAUCUUUCCAGUCCAGUUCGGCCAGUUCAAACCCAUCAAGUACAGAUUAAGCCUCUCUGUGCUGGUGUUGUGCCUCACCUUUGCAUACUCUGCAGCCAAAACUGUGGGAGGCCUUCCCAACUUUGAGAAGGUAUUCACCGUUCAGAUCCUGGUAGCAUUUAGUUGGAUGAUGUUGUGCAAUGUGUGCGUCCUGUGGGCCCUGAAGAAGUCCCGCGGUGCAGGGAAAGACGAGAUGCACCCCAUGAAGAAGAAGGCCUUCAAGACGGUGCUGUCUCUCCUUUGUAUCAUUGUGUUUAACUACCUGCCACCUGUAGCACUGUUCCCUUUUCAAGACCACUAUUCCCCUGAGGUGUUUCGCUGCUAUGUGCAGCCUGUGGGCUUCGCUUUUGUCAACAUCAGCAGCACGAUCCAGCCGAUUGUUUAUCUGUCCCGGCUGGAGAAGCUGCCUUUCCUGCCGAACACCUGCGUCCAAAAGUGCUGCAACUGUUUGUCUGCAAAGAAACACAAAAUCUCACCAGCACAAAUCUCAUCUACUUAAGUUCAAGAAUAUAUAUGUAUAUCAAUGGUGGUGGACGUUCAGUUUAGCAGAAGAGCUGCGUGAGAAAUACGCUGAUGCAAUGCAACUGUACAUUCAUGUUUCCUUUUUGUGACUUGUUUUUCAUCUCUUGUGCAUUUGUUUUCCAAAUAAUGAAUAUAAAAACAUCAAAAGUCAAC